GUGUUAGUGCUGGACGAUGACUGCACGCUCGUCACUCGCUCCGCGGUGAACCUGCGUGCUGGCCUUCGCACUGCAAGGAAACACCGCCGGCCACACAGGCAGCAGCAGGAGCAGGCGGAGGAGCAGGAAGAGCAACAGCAGGAGGAGAAUGGGGAGGCAGAGGAGGAGGACGAGGAGGAGGAGGAGAAGGGUGAUGGUGAAGCAGAAGGGGAUGGGCCUGGCAAAGUAGUUGUUCCAGAAACAGAUGUGGUUAUAAAGAGGAUGUGCUGGUUGCCCCUUGCAGGAGGCCCGUUUCUGGAGGCAUGCCUGCUCGUGGCUACCCCCGCAGCAGCUCUCCUGUUUGCAGUGGCUGUGGGGUAUGAUGCCCAGCUAGUUGCCACCUUCCACCUCCCAUCAAGCCCACUCCCACCCAAUCAUCCCUUCCCUUCCCUUCCCUUCCCUUCCUCCCUGACUCUCUUUUCUUGCUACAGGCUUGCUCGUCUGCUCGUGGCGACCCCUUCAGCGGCGCUCCUGUUUGCAGUGGCUGUGGGGUAUGAUGCUCAGCUGGUUGCCACUUUCCAGCUCCCUGCGAGCCAACCUUCAGGAGGAGGAGCGUCAUAUGCGCAGCAGGAAAAGGAGGGGGAUAGGGAAGAGGGAGAGGAGGAGGGGGAGGGGGUGGGAGUCGGGAAGGCUGCACUGUACUACGCAACCAUAGACGAUAGGAAAUCAGCUAAUGAGGAGGAUGAAGACGACAACCAGGAGGACGAGGAUGAGGACGAGGAUGAUUACGAUGAUGCGGAGAAUGGAUUUGAUCUGUUCCUGUUCAUGCCAUGUCAGCACGUCACGUUGCGCCACCUGUCACUCCGGCCAUCAGGCUCGGACCUACCCUGGCAGCAUCAGGCUCGGGCCGGUCUUUCCUCUCUUGAUGCUUCAGAAGAGACUGGGAAGAGAGAAGCAGAUGGAGGAGGAGGAACAGGAGAAGGAGGAGGAGGAGGAAGCAGUGUAGCUUUGGGUGAGGGCGGAGGGGUUGUGGGAAGGAGGGGAGGAAGGUUCCUGUGCCCGGUGGCAACGCAUGAGGGGUUUCUUGCCUCUCCUGAUGGCUGUCGCCUCUUCUUUGCUCGCCUCACGCUCUCUGGACAGGCAAUAUCGCUGCUGCGGGAGAUCACCAUCAACAACCAGGGACCACUCGCACCACCUGCAGCGGCUGGGCAUCAGGCUGGUAACCCGGUUGGUGGUAACCAGGUUGGUGGUAACCAGGUUGGUGGUGACUACCCUGAAGUGCGGUUCUCAGUGCAAGGCGUGAGAGGGAGCAGGAGUGGCGGAGGUGGGGGGAGUGGUGGGAGCAGCGGCAGCAGAAGCGGGAGUGGGAGUGGGAGUGGGAGUGGUAGUGCUGGUGGUGGUGGGAGGAGUGCUGGUGGUGCUUCAGGGUCUGCUGCUGACGUGGCAGGGAUGAGUGACAUGGACAGUGAAACUGUGCUGCAUAAUCUCAUGGCUGAGGACGGCUUCCUGGAAGCUUCCUCCUCAAAAGGUUUCAAGAUCACCAUCACCAACACCAACUCCAGCCUUCUCCUUGUGGGAAUCCGCGUCCUAGUGGGAAUCUCUCCCUCCUCGCACACCCCCUCCUCCCUCUCUCUCUUCCACCGCUCCCUCCCCCUCGACCGCUCCUCCCGCCGCUGGUACGACCUCCCCUUCACUUCCGCCGAAUCCCUGCUGGCAGACCGCCACGUCAGCAUCCACGUGGGCCCUGCUUUUGGGGGGAAUGCGCGGGCCAGGGUGGAUGGUUUGGAGGUGUAUGGGCGGCGGAAGGAGGAAUUUGGGUGGGGGAGGGUGAAGGGGAAGGUGUUGGGGUGGUGGCAGGAGUGGAAAAGGGUCGUGGAGGAGGAGGGGAGGAGGGCGAGGGAGAGGGAGAGGGAGGUGGAGGAGGGAAGGGAGAGGAAAGGGAAGGAGGGGGAGAGGAGGGAGGGGGAGGGGGUGGAGAGGGGGAGGGAGAGCGGGGAGGAGAGGGGAGAUGGAGGGGAGGGUUUGUGUGUGGAGGAGGAGAGAGAGGAGCGAGUGGUUGGGGAUGCUUUGGCAGUGCUGACUGGGCUUUUGAGUGGUGGUGCUGGGGAGGGCUGGCAGCAGGGAGAGCAGCACGCAAUGCAGGAGUCAGAGCGACAGGCAGAACAGCAGGCAGAAGAUGGACAGAAGGGAGAGAAGGAGGAGCAGGUGGAGGGGCAGGAAGGGAAGGUGGAUCUGGGGAAGGUGCAGCUGCUGGGGGAGGAUCUGCUGAGGGAGCUACUCCAGGAGGUGUUGAGAGGAGGCCCGGAGGAGGAGGAGAAGGAGGAAGAGAGGCUGGGCAGUCUCGUGAAAGGUGGUGGUGGUGGUGGUGGUGGUGGUGGUGGUGGUGGUGGUGGUGGUGGUGGUGGUGGUGGUGGUGGUGGUGGUGGUGGUGGUGGUGGUGGUGGUGGUGGUGGUGGUGGUGGUGGUGGUGGUGGUGGUGGUGGUGGUGGUGGUGGUGGUGGUGGUGGUGGUGGUGGUGGUGGUGGUGGUGGUGGUGGUGGUGGUGAUUUAGGGUUCUCCCGUGGUGGUGCUGUGGGAGAGGGGUCCAUGGCGGAGUUGCUGCUGGGCUUGUGCCGCUCGCUGCAUCCAUCGCAGUCAAAAUUUGUUCAGGUAUUCCGUCGAACUCUGUUUUGUCUUGUGAAAGGUGGUGGUGGUGGUGCUGUGGGAGGAGGGUCCAUGGCAGAGUUGCUGCUGGGCUUGUGCCGAUCGCUGCGUCCGUCCCAGGCUGAUUUCGUCCAGGCCUGCGACUCAACAGAGCUGUCUCUCGCCUUGAAGACACAGCCCAACCAUCGGGCAUGUGCUCUCCAGAGGCACAUGGACGCCAUGGCGCACAUUGCACUGCUGCGACCCUCCAGUGCCUGCGACUCAACAGAGCUGUCUCUCGCCUUGAAGGCACAGCCCAACCAGCGAGCCUAUGCACUCCAGAGGCACAUGGACGCUUUGGCGCACAUCGCACUGCUGCGACCCUCCAGCCUCCGCCACUUCCUCUCCGCCGCACCCACUACAGGCGCUUCAAGCGUCGCUCCCCUAGAAGACCUGCAUAACCGCCUUCUCUCGGUGCUUCAGGCUCCGGACGAGAGUGCUGCAGAUGGGACAGCAGAGAGGGGCGAUGACAAGGGUGCAGGCAGCAAGGGGAUGGGUGGCAAAGAUACAGGUGGCAAGGGGGUGGGGGAAACGGAUGCAGAUGGGAAGGGUGUGGGGGGGAAAGGAAAGGAUGGUGGAGAUGGCAAGGGGAUGGAGGGAACGGAUGCAAGUUGCAAGGAGGGGGCUGGUCGGGUUUCUGAAGGGGUGAAGCAAGCGCUGGUGGCCUCAUACGGGCGUGCUGAUGGUGCUGCUCUUGGUGCUACAGCUGGAACUGCUGGUUUUGGGUCGUAUGUGGAGAGUGGGGUGGUGGAGGGGGAGGGCUCAGCAGAAGACAUGGAUAUAGACCAAACAGACAUGACUCAACACAUCAAUCAAAACUUUGGGCAUCAUGAGUUCGAUCAGAACAUAGACCCGCAGCUGUCGGUGGUGCAUUUCUGCUGUGAUUCCUGCGGCGUGUGCCCCAUUCAGGACGUGCGAUGGCACUGCCUCGUGUGUGACGACUUUGACCUCUGUCACGAGUGCCACCAGGCCGUUUCCGCUGCCGCUGCUUCUGGUGGCUCCUCUGCUGCUGGUGCUGCAGCUGCUGCUGCUGCUGGUGCUGGUGCUGGUGCUGGUUCUGCUGCGUCUCUCUUCCCCUUGAGCUCUCACAGCAUCUCACACCCCAUGGUCUCCAUUCCCAUCGAUCCUGCAGUGGAUGGCAUGGGGGAGGAAGGAGGAGUGGAAGGGCUUAUGGAUAGGCUUGGGUAUGGGUUUGGUGGGGAGUCUGGUGAGGAUGGUAAUGCUGGUGAGGAUGGUACCACUGGUGAGUAUGGUACUGGGUUGGAUCCUGGUGGGUCAAUCGGUGGCUCAGGGAUUGGGGAACCAGGGGUAGAGGCACAUAGUGAGAUGGAACAGCAGGGGCAGGAGCAGGAGCAGCAGGGGGCCGAUGGGACUGAUGGGACGGACAAGAGGGAAAGCACAGGGAAUAUGGUGAAGGAUGGAGAGGAGGAGGAGGAGGAGAAAACGAAGCAGGAGAAGGCGAGGUGGGAGGAAGUGAGGAUGCAUAUGAACCACGUGGGACGGGAGGUGCUGCAGCAGCUGCUCUCCUCCUUCUCCCCUGGAUGGUCCCUCCCGCCCCAACCCACUCUCACCCCCCCCUCCUCUGAUACUUUCUGCCCUCGCUCCCCUCCCAUGCCACUGCUGCAGCUGCUCUUGCGCGUAACAGGAGCAGGGGCAGCAGGGGUGGGGCCUAUGGGGGUUGCUAUGCCAAGUGUAGGUUCUAUUGAGAAGAAGGAGAGGAAGGAGAAGAACGGAGGGGCAAGGAAGAGGAAGGAGAAGGAAACGGGUGACCUGGAAUCGCCUGGAGCCCAGCUGCUGACGUGGACGCUGACGUGGCUGGUUGAUGAGCUGGAGCACGGCUGGCGCCAGUUGUCCGGAGCGAGGGAAGGGCGUGUGGAUGCAGGUGCUGGUGGUGUUAGUGCUGACAUGGCAGCUUUGACCUGCCUCUUGGAGUUCCUUGUGCUGCUCUUCCGUACCUUGCAGUACCGUUUACAACCGCAGCAGCGGCAGCAGCAGGAGCGGGAGCAACAACAGCAACAUGGUUCCAAGUUCGGGUUACACCUCCUUCUCAGCCACUCUUCAUGCUCCGCUGCCACCAGGCUCCUCGCCCUCCUCCACUCCAUUGUUUCCUCCUGCCACCCACACGCCCCACUCACCGACACAUCUAGUUCCACCGAGACUAACCCCUCUGGGGUUAGAGGGAAGGGGAGAGAGGAGCUGCUGCAGUGGGCGCUGUGCCUUUCUGCUGAGGUGGCACCCGUAUGCCUCACAGAGAAAGGUGUACCGAGUGAGAAGGAAUUUCUGAGCGAGAAGGGAUUUGAGUCGGCUUGGCAGCCACUGCUGUGUGCGUACCUGCAGAGAGCUGCUUUAGAGGGAGUCCUGGCUCAGCCCAAAGAGCAGGAGCGGACCAAAGAGGGGGCGGUUAUAGCCCAGGUAGAUUUGGGCCAGUUUGGAGCGGUUGAGAGUGGUGGGAGUGGUGGUGGAGGGGGUGGUGAUGGUAGGAAGGCGGGGGAGGAGGGAGGGGGUGGAGCGGGAGGGAUGGGAGGGAGACAAGGGAAGUAUGUGCGGCAACUGUUGCUGCUGUCCUGUGGGGGUAAUGAGAGGGAGUGUGCGAGGAUGCAGCGUGUGUGUAAGCUUGCUGCAUACAUGCAUGGUCUUCGCUCCACUCUCCUCCGUUUCCUCGCUCUUCCUCCCUCCUCUCUUCACCUCCCAUCUCUCUCCUCUUCCCAGCUCCCAUCCCCCUCCUCUCCCCACCUCCCAUCCCCCAUCCCUCCACCUCUCCCCUACUCCAUCAAAGUCCAAUCCCUCCUCCUCCUCAACGCCACCCUCCACGUGGCGCAAUCUCAGCCGUCCACGUGGCGCUGGUACUGUGCAGGCAAGGACACGUCAGCACUACAGCUGCUGGCGGCUGUAGCAGCCGUUACAUCCUCCCCCCGCUGGGCGGCAGAGGAUGAGCCUCUUGCUGUGUGCACGCUACAGCUGGUGGCUCUUGCGUUUGACUGUGAUAGCAGCGGUAAAAGCAGCAGCAGCAGCAGCAGUAGCAAGAAAAGAAAGGGGUUUGGUGCGGUUGAUAUGGGUGCACAAGCAGCUACUCUGUUUGGCAUCUCAUUGGAUUCCCAGCAGCAGACACAGGAGCAACAGGGGCAGCGGCAGCAAGAGCAGGGGAAGGCGCAGGGACAGCAGGCAGAGAGGGGCGGCAGCAGCAGGGAUGGCGCGGCUACUGGCAUUGUUCAGUUCAUCGCCUCCUUUGUGCUCUUUGCUGCCUCUGCCAGGCUGCGAUCCCAGGGCUGCAUGGUCAUGCAGGGAGUGUGGAAACAUGCCUCUCCAUCUCUCCGCCACUCCAUCCUCUACUCCCUCCUGUCCAUCCUCCCCCACACCCCUUGUCUCGGCUCCCACGCCCUCAGCUUCUCCCGCCUCCUCCUCUCGCUCCUCGCUGACCUGGCGUCCAGUCAGCAGCCAGCUGGCACCGCUGACGUGGCAGCACGAGCAGCAGCCGUGCUGCUGACGCAGCUGGCGCAGCAGAGUCAAGCGGUGGCCAACCAUCCGAGCGCAUCACUCAACUCUGCCUUGCAUAGACUCCUGGGCCCUGAGAGCGACGGAACAAUUGCUGCUGCUGCUGCUGCUGCUGGUACUGGUGGUGGGGGCAGUGGUGGGGGUAGUAGUGGUGCUGGCAGUGGCGGUAGGUCAGGUGCAGCAGGAACAGGAGCAGCAGGAGGAGCAGGAGCAGGAGCAGGAGGAGGGGGAAAAGGAGGAGGAGGAGGCAGGGGGUCGGUGUGGGGAAAGGCAGAUGGGGAGCUGUGUGCGGUGUGUGCGUAUCCCGAGGCGGUGUGGGGGAGUGUGAGGAUGGAGAGUGUGCGGCAGGAGGUGCGCUUCUCCGACUGCCGCAUCUUUCUGCGCCUCACAGAGCCGCAUCUCAUCAAGGGGUUCACCAUGAUGGUGCACGAUUCAAGGAGGGGUCGCUCCGUGAAGGAUCUUCGCCUGCUGGGGAGCAACAGUGCCGCCUGCGACCUGCAGCAGAUCAAGACCGCUACAGACGAGCUCUGCCGCCCGAUCGCUCGCUGCCAGCUGGCGGCCGACCAGCCGGAGAUCCGCGUGGAGCUGCCUCUGCCCGUGGCGCUGCGCUUCGUCGUCGUGGAAUUUGCUUCCUUUCAUGAGAAUCACCCAUCGUCCUCGUCGUCGUCUCGCGAGUCGCUGCAGUGUCCGCGGUGUAACCGCGUGGUAACGAGCCGGCACGGCAUGUGCACGGUGUGCCAUGAGAACGCCUUUCAGUGCCGCCAGUGCCGCUCCAUCAACUAUGACAACCUCCACGCCUUCCUCUGCCCGCAAUGCGGCCACUGUAGGUACGGUCGGUUCGAUUUCGCGCUGCAAGCACACCCCUGCCCCUCCUCCAUAGACCCGAUCCUCUCCGAGGAAGCUUCCAAGAAGGUCGCUGCAGCAUUGGAGGCUGAGGCUGAGUCAGCAACUCGGCUCCGUCAGCAGCUGCAGGCUCUGCCCCGGCCAAUCGCGCGCCUCGUUUCGUCAAUCCUGGACGAUGAUGCAGCUGCUGACGCCCUCCUCCCCAUCCCAGCAGCCCCCUCCGCCCUCCUCUCUCUCUCCGCCAUCCCCACCAUCUUCUCCUCCUCUCUCCUCUCUGGGCCCUCCUCCUCCCGCUCUCGUGCACGCCACCUCUUGACCCGCCUCGCACUCACCUCCCCUGUCGCCUUGCACAAUCUACUGGAUCUAAUCGAAUCUAAGGUCUCUGCUGCAGUGGGCGGCUAUCUGCUUGCUGACGUGGCGCCAGCUGUCAAGGACCCGCUGCUGCUCCUUGCUGACCUGUCUUCGUCUCCAUCUGAGUCAGACUCGAGCUCGUCGGAAUCUGCCAUUUCAUCUCCUUCCAGGAAGCUUCUAUGUUUGCAACUGGCUACUCGUCUGUUCUUCCAGGCCUUCGCCACCACCCAUCUGCACCCCUCUGUAUCGGACCAUGUGCUGCUGCCCACCCUCCGUAUAGUCACCUCCUCUUGCAAGCACGCUGCUGUAGAGGGGCCAGAGAGGCAGACUGAGGCGACUUCUCAGACUGAAGGAGAUUCGUUACGGAGUGGGGACGGAAUAUCAGGGAGUGCAAAUAGCAGUAGCAGUGGUACCAGUGGUACUGCUUCAGAGGUUGACCCUAAGCCGCCCGCAAUCUGCAAGUUUGCCGCCCGCUGGCGUAAUCGGACGCGGGAGCGGAGCGCUCUGGAUGGCAGGCUUCGGCUGCUAGUGCGCUCUCUCGGCAGCUGGUGUUUCGGCAGCAAGCAUCUCUUCGCCCAGCCUGGAAAAGAUCACCUCACUGCAGAUUUGAUCGCCAGCUGUCGCUCGCCGCCCGGUCUCCGAUCAGAGAUCUGCGAUCUGCUCGAGUUGCUGGCAGGGGUGGCCCCUCGAUACAAUCACGCUUUCCGUCCCUAUUCAUACUCAUCAGCAGCCCAGGAAAGCCUCUCCCCCCUCCGACCCCCCCCGGGCACGGCUGCUCGUGCUCUCUCUUCCUCCUAUUCCUCUCGUCCUGCUUCCAUCCGUUCCUCCUCUCACCAACCCUCGGUAGACCAGCCGAGCGUACAGCAUUCGUCUCUGCUCUUCCUAGCAGCCCGAGGCCUCCUCCCUGCCCUCACCUCCUUCAUCUCUCACUCCGUUUCCCACCUGCAAGCACAAGAAUCCCGAGCCAUGGCCCCGCUCCUUGCUCUCUCCUCCUUCUCCUUCUCACUCUCGCCUUUUGCUGCCUCCUCGGCUGCCGCUGCUGCCCCUGCUGCCUCUGCCUCGGCGGCGUAUCCCAUCCUGCAAGCCAUUCGGCUGCUGCAGCAGGCCCUGCAGCAUUCCAAGCUGCUGGGCCUCUUCUUUCAACCAGCUCGCGGGAGCAGCAGCAGGAUUGCUGGCGCCAAUACCAGCCAAAGCACCAGCAGCAGCAGCAGCAGCAGCAGCAGCAGCUUUAGCAGGUGUUUGGUGCAGGCAGUGCGAGCAUUGGUAGGGCUGCAGGGAUUGGUGGUGACGAGAACCCAACUGGUGGUGGAGUGUCAGCAGCAGCUCUCUCUGCUGCUGCAGGGACUCGUGACAGAAGCCGAAGGGGAGAGAGCGGAAGGGAUGGGGCGUGAGGAGGGGUGUGAGACGAGCGAUGGGAGGAGGAGAGCGUUUGUGGCGGCAUGUGUGGAGGUGCUGGGGGAAUUGGUGCUGGCGGAGGAAGGGGCGGUGCAAGAUGCUGCUCUCCAUCUCUGCAACACCAUCGGCCCCACACGCCCCGAGCCCGAAUACGAGACACUGCCCAUCAAGGCAGUGACACUCACAAUGCACCCCACCUGCUGUCUUCCUCUUCUCCUUCUUCCCCUUCCCUCCCGUGCCUUCGUGUCCCUUCUCCAGUUCCUUCUCCGCCAUCUCUGCAGCAUUAUCUGCCCCACACUCCCUGAGCCCGAGUACGAGAUGCUACUUAUCAAGGCGGCCCUCCCUCUCAACCCACACCUCCCCUACCCCCUCCUCCUCUCGCCUCACUCUCCCCCACCUUCCCCCCCCCCCCCCUCAUUCACCCCCCCUUCCCCUCCCUUCCAGUUCCUUCUCCAGCAUCUCUGCAACACCAUCUGCCCCACACGCCCCGAGCCCGAGUACGAGAUGCUACUCAUCAAGGCAGCGACACAGGAGGAGUUCCUCCCAGGGCGCCUGCAGCACAACCCCUACUCCUCCAAGCAGCCCGAGUACGAGAUGCUGCUCAUCAAGGCAGCGACACAGGAGGAGUUCCUCCCAGGGCGCCUGCAGCACAACCCCUACUCCUCCAAGCAGGAACUGGAGCUGCACGGGCUGAUGGACGACGACUAUGGCAUGUCGCUGCUGGUGGGGUUGCUGUUUUCUGUUGGCACUGACAGAGCGUUCCAGGUCGGCCCUCUAAUGAGAGACGUCAAGAAUCUCAUUUGUAAGGAGCUGGAGCUGCACGGGCUGAUGGACGAUGAUUAUGGCAUGGAGCUGCUGGUUGAAGGGCAGAUCUGCUCCCUGGGGCUGUCUGUGCGGGCCGUGUACGAACAAGUGUGGAAGCAGAGAGGAGCCAUGAGUGUUAUUUUCAGACUGCAGGGCUUGGAUGGAGAGGCGACAGAGCCGAUAGUGAAGGAGCUGGAGGAGGGAGGGGAGGAAGCCACUGACCCUGAAAAGGAGUUCGCUGCUGCUGCUGCCCUGGUGCCUGUCAGUCGUGCUGCUUCUGCUCUUCGUGCCUAUAAUGUACUUCACACAAGGAGACUUGUGGGGGGUGAAACAGAGGAUAGGGCUGCAGCAGGAAAAGAGAGGGAGGAGGGGGGUGAGGAGGGAGGUGAAAUGGGCAGCCCAGACGGUUUGCUGCUGCUGCUGAGGCUGUUAGAGGAGGUGGCAGAUGAGGAGUUAGCGAGUGGGGAGGAUGACGUGGCAGACCUCCUGAAGCUGCUGCACACCGCGUGCCUGCUGCGGACCAAUCGCGUGCAUCUGCUGCGCUCCCACGCGCUGCCACGUCUGCUCGACCGCGCCACUCGUGCAGCUCUGUAUGCGCACGGCGUUGCCACGUCAGCGCUGGGAGGAGGCUCGGCGGCAGGCUCUGCCGGGGCGGCGGGUGGUGCGGCAGCCUCCCAAGCCUCGCUGGCAGGUUCGGCGGAAGCUGCAGCUGACACCUUGCUUCGGAUUGUGGAUCUGCUGAUGGUGGAAGGUGGUGAGGGUGGCGGCAUGGGGGCCGAAAGAGGUGCGGGCACUGCAACAGCAGAGAAGGAAGAAUAUUGCCAGGAUGAGAAGGAUGAGAAGUAUGAAGGAUCGGGGCGGGGAGAAGAAGCAGUGAGAGUUUUCCUCGAGAAGCUUACUGCUGCAUCGCUCUCCCAGGCUGCUUCUGGGGUAGGCUUAUCUGGCCCAGGCGUGUUUACAGCAGGAGGAGCAGGGGGAGGUGGAGGAGGUGGAGGAGCAGGAGGAGGAGCAGGUGGAGGGAAGAAGAAGAAGAGGGAUUUUUCGGAGAGUGUGGCUCGGAUUUUGCCGUAUAUGACGUAUGGGGAGGGCAGGGCUAUGGGGGUUCUGGUGGAUCAUUUUUGCCCCCUGCUGCUGGAUUGGGCUGGGUUUGAUCGGUUGGUGGGGGAGUUGAGAGGGGUGGAGAAGGAUGGGGAUGGGUUGGAGAGUGUUACAGAAAGCGGGAGGGAGGAGAGUGAGGGUGGAGAGAAGAAAGAGGGGGGAAGAAGGGACGUGGAGGAGGAGAAGGAAGGGGGGAGUAGUGGAGGUGGGGAGACGGGGAGUGGAAAGGAGGGGGGUGAGGAGGAGAGUGAGGAGGAGAGGAGGAGGAAGGCAGUGCACUGGUGGCAGAUGGCGGGGCAUUUCGAGCGGCUGGUGGGAGCAAUCAGGCUGGACGGCAGUGGGCUGAGGCUGCGCGCUCUCAUCCUGGAGAGGGGGAUUCCGCAAGUCUCUGCUUUUGAAUUUGAGCUGCUGAUAACUCACACCCUCCCCUCCUUUGCAACUUGCGCUUCCCCUCUCUUCCCCACUCUCUCCCGCCCCUCCCCUCCCUGUCUCCUCCUUCCCCCAGCUGCUGUGCGCCAUCUGCUCGCGUCCUUCCCCCCCACCGCCCUCUGCCCCACCUCCGACCUCUCUGAUCUCCGCCCCCUCCCCGCCUGGCAACACGCGCUCGCCCUGCCCUCCCUGCCCCUGCUCCUGGGUCUGCUGCUCGGCCUGUGCCGCGGCCAUCCCCCCACACAACGAGUCCUGCUGGGCACCGGUGGGGGGAAGGGGGUGGCGGACGCUGGUGGUGGAGAGGAGGUGGAAACGGGUGGGGAGGAGGGGAGGGUGGGCGGGGAGAAGGUGGAGCAGGGUGCGGAAAACGGGGUGGUGGGGGCAGAGAAGGGGGUGUUACCACUGCUGCUGCUGCUGGAGGGGGUGGUGGGGUAUGAUGGGCUGGGAGCGAGGGCUGAAGCGCUGCUAGAGGUGCUGAGCGGUGGAGAGGAUUCGGGAGAGGUUGGCGAGCAAGGGGAGGGAGGGAAGGAGGAGGGGAGAGGAGAUGGGGUGGAUGAGGAGGUUCGGUUGGCAGUGGAGACUCUAAGGGCAGCAGCAAAGGAGAGGAGGAGAGAGAAGGCAAUGCGACGACGCAUGGAGCUGAUGAAGAGCAUGGGGGUUAAAUCCCAGCUGGCUCCUACUGGGAGCCACCGCAUCGUGCUGACAUCAGCAAAACCGUCAGUAUCUCGGGAAGGCGCAGCCAGUGCAGGCCCCACGUCCACUGUAGGUGCAGGCAGGUCGGGGGAUGAACUUGAGGAAGAGAAGGAGGUAGUGGAGGAGGAAAAGGAGAAGGGAGAAGAGGGAGAGGAGGGAGAAGAGGAGGAGGCUAGCGACGCAGAUGCCUCUGCUCUGCUCUCAUCUGCUUUCCCUUUCAAUGCACGAGAUCUACAGCUUCGCCGCCCCAUCGCGCUGCCUCCUGCAAUGCGUGCGCUGCGCUGCAUGGUGUGCCACGAGGGCUACCGCCUGCGUCCCAACGAGCUAAUUGGAGCCUACACCUUCUCCAGACGCUUCUCCGACCUCUCCACUUGGAGCCUGACAUCCACAGCAAGCAGGGUGGCAGUCCAUUGGUCUGUCUCCACAGUCUCUCACUUCAGCGCCAUCCACUUCUCCUGCUGCUCAUGUCCCUCUUUUCACCGUUCUCUUGCCUCUGUCCUUCCCUCCCACUUCCCACUUUCUUCCCCUCACAGCAUCCACGACAAGCAGGGUGGCCGUGAACUGGUCUAUCUCAACGGUCUCUCAUUUCAACACCAUCCACUUCUCCUGCCACGACCGGGCCAAGCGUGCCGAUUCCGCCCUCAAGCUGCCCAAGCGCGAGUGGGACGGCGCAGCCCUCAGGAACGGAGGAACCCUCUGCAAUGCCCUCUUCCCUCUGCGGGGCCCUCAGGUAACAAAGAGUUUAACUCUACUGUCCUUCUGCUAAGCGGAGGAAGCUAUUUUCCUAAGCUGCAGCUCGCCAAGUCUCACCUCUGCAAUGCCCUCUUCCCCCUGCGGGGCCCUCAGGUCUCCCCUGCAGUGUAUGCCCGCGGGCUGGUUUCCUGGUGGGAAAGCGUCCUCUCCCUGAGCCACGUGGACGGUUCUCGCUUCCUCGUGCUCCUCCUUACACGCACUUCCCUCCCCAUCCCUGCGUUCCCACCCCAACAGGUAUCCUCAGCAGUGUACGCCCGUGGGCUGGAUUCCUGGUGGGAGAGCGUUGCAAACCUCGGCCACGUGGACGGCUCUCGCUUCCUCGUCUUACUCCGGGACCUCCGCACGCUCGUCGCGCGCUUCGUGCUCGCAGCCAGCUUCAGCACUGACUGCCACGGGGGCGGGCGCGAGAGCAAUGCGCGCUUCCUCCCCUUCCAGCUGCACAUGCUGCUGCACCUCUCCUCCUCCGCCUCCUCUUCCCAGCGACACUCCCUCGACUCCUCCCUAUCUGCCCUGCUCGACCUUGCCUCUCACAACAGUCGCAGGGGGGAUGGGCGGCAGUGUGUGCGAUGCCAUGCUGGCAACUGUGCUGACGUGGCCCCUGCACAAGUGGCAGCGAUCGCGCCACCUGUUCCUGCUGCUGGCAGUGCAUGA